CAAACGUGGUGGACUGCUCUGAUAGUGACUCUGAAUUAGAUGUGUACCAUGUUAUCAAUACCGUGCGUUCUGGGUAUGAAGUGCAGCUAAACGUAGAAGGGCAAGACCUCUGCAUGCAGAUUGAUACGGGAGCAGCUGUAACACUAAUUCCUGAGAGUGUGAGGCUGAACGCAUUUCCUCAUGUCAAGUGCGAGCCAUCUCGAGUCACCCUAAAAACAUACACUGGGGAACCUGUUCCAGUAAAAGGGCAAUGCAACGUUUCCGUUACGGUGGGAAAACAGUCUUUGCGGCUACCCGCUAUUAUCGUCAAAGAUAAGGGCAAGCAGCUACCAUUGCUGAUGGGGCGAAGUUGGCUUGAAAGGCUCGGGCUUGACUGGAAAAGCGUGUUUGCUAUAAAUGUAAGCGACUCUCACAAGGUAGAGGGGGUUAAAAAGAAGUUCCCAGGGGUGUUUUCUAAGCAACCUGGAAAAGUAAAAAACUAUCAAGCAAGGAUAGUUUUAAGCCAGAAUUGUACGGCUAUUUUUGGCAAGGCCAGAAACGUCCCAUUUGCGCUUCGAGAUAAAGUGGAAGGCGAGCUAGAAAGGCUAGAGAAAAGCGGUGUUAUACGCCCCGUAAAUCGGAGCGAUUGGGCCACGCCAGUAGUCGUAAUCCAAAAGAAAGAUGGUUCACUGAGGCUGUGCGGGGACUACAAAGCGGUGCGAUUCACGCAUUCGGACCACAUCAGAGCCCGCCACGGAAGCCAGGAUUCUUCAAGUUAUCCGCAGGCACAACCUGCUCCAACGGCAUCCGUAGACACGACUCCACCGACGGUUCCGAUGGCGUGUGGGCCAGUCGCCGGGUCGCCUCUCGUAAAUCCACACGCAACCGACUCUGCGACGUCUCUCCUUCCGGCAACUGCAUCGCCCACGGCCGGAGCAGCUGCCUCCGGCUCGCCGGACCAGCCCAGUGCCGACGACGCGCCACCUGCAGCCGAACUUCCAACUCUGCGUCGUAGUGCACGUGUACGACAUGCCCCGAACAGAUACCAGUCCAGCUACGAGUUCACCUUGAUCACCGACCACCAGCCACUCCUGGGCCUCCUCAAGUCUGAUAGGCCUACUCCGCCACAGGCUGCUGCUCGUAUGCAGUGGUGGGUGCUGUAUGUUGGAGUAUUCUGCUACAGGAUACAGUACUGUCCUGGCAAGCUGCUCAUCAAUUCAGAUGCCCAGAGCCGCUUACCCCAAGUUACGAACGAGUCGGAGGCCAGAGCCUGGAGCCACAUCUUUCCCCUGGCCCUGGAGGUGAACCUUGGGGGACCUGGCGAACAAGCGCGCCCGACAUCCCAGCCACGAGGAAGCAGCUCGUCUUUCCGGCGCAUGUCUGGACGCGGGGGUGCUGUUACGCCUUAG